AUGGAACCAGAAAGAUCAAAGGAGAUUCUCAGUACCUUAUUAGCUAAAUAAAUCGAUAUGAAUGAGUAACUCUAAAAUGAAAAUGAUGAAUUAAAUACUAAUUUGAAGUACUUUUUAAUCUCAAUCUAUUUAGGCGAUUGCUAAAUCUCCUAAAUUAAAAAGAUAGUCAAUUGGAAUAAAUCAAGGACAGAAUUAUUCAAGUAGAUUAAACAGAGAAUUCAUAUUAAACUACAAUCUCUCAUCAAACACAACAAAUAAAAUAAAUGUAAUCUGAAAAUUAAGAAUUACAGCUUCAAAUCCAAUAGUAAUCAGAAAUUAGAUCAAAAAUGGAAUAGGAAUUGACUAAAAUUAUUGAAUCUUUUGAGAGGAUGUAAAAAAUUAACCAGCAAUAAUAAGAAGAAAUCAAUUUGUUAUAAGAAAGAAAUCAACAAUUAGAAGAGACUUAAAUUACAAAUUAAAUUUAAAUUGAACAAAGUUAAAAGCAAAUUAAACUGCUUGUCAGUUCCAAUGAAGAUUAUGAACAGUAAACAGAUAUUCUUUUGAAACAAACCAAUGAACUCAAAUAAAUAUAGAUCAAAUUGCUUUACAACUUAGAUGCAAUCCAAAAAGAAAAGGAUGAAAUGACAAAUCAAUUUGAUGAAAAACUCGUUCAAUUCAAAUCUUGUUUCCAAAAUUCUGCUGAAAAUACCAAAGAUUUAACAAAUCAAGUAAAUGAUUUGAAUAAUCAAAUCCAAAUCCUAUAAAAAUAAGUAAUUUCCUCAUAAUUAUCAUUAGAACUAAUAAUUAGUUGAAUAAAUGGAUAAUUAUUAGACUCUCUCCAUGAAAUUAGAAUCAGAAAGAGAUAAAUAUUAUAAAGACCUAGAAAUUACUAUUGAAAAUAAUAAGAGAUUAUAAAAUAGCAAUUCAAGUCUAGAGCAUCAAUUAAGUUAGAUAUCAUAAGAUCAAGAAACAUCUAUUAAAAAGGUAUUUAUGUGAUUUAAAAUUUAGAUGAAAUAUAUGAUUGAAUAAAUUGACUAACUCGAAUUAGCCAAUGACAGCUAAUUGAAAUAGAAUAAUGAACUUAAGUAGUAAAUCAAAAAACUUCAAUUCCAAUAAGAUUAGGUACUUAAAGAAAAGGAAGUCAUUUAUGAAUAAUUUGAAUAAAUCUAGAAAAAUGCUCAAUAUGAUCAUGAAGGACACAGAGAUAAAUAUAUCAAAUUAGAUAGAUCUUAUAAAGAAUUGCAUUCCUAAUAUGACGAAUUAGUAAAUAAAGUAAUUAUAUUAUUUAAUUUUAUAGUAUAAAAUUUAAAAUUAAAGUUAUGAGGAAUAAUAAAAUCAAAUUUAAUUGAAUAUCAAGGAAAUCAAUGAGCUUAAACAUAAUUUAAGAAUAAUUCAAGAAUCUGAGAGAAAAUAUUCCUAUAAUGCUGAAGUGGUAAGUAAGGAGAAGUUUAUGAUUACUUAAAAAUUGGAGGAAUCCUUCUAAAUCAUCAAGGACUUAAGGGAUUAAUGCUAAAUUCUUACUGAAAAAUUAUAGAAAACAGAAAUGUUUAAUAAGUAAUUGCUCUUGGAAAAUGAACAAUAAUAAAAACAAGUAAAAUAACAUAAAUAUUCUUAAAGAUUAAAGCACAAGAAAGUAAAAUUGAGGAACAUGAAGUUCAUAUAGAACUACUAUUGGUUUAAAUAAAUCACAAAUAAUCCUAAUAAGCUGAAAUUGAUAGACAGUAAGCUUUGAAAUAAUCAACCACAAAGAAGAGUUAAUCAGUCAACAAGGAAAACAAUAGUGAAUUAAUGAGAUUAAAGAAAUAAAAUACAGAAUUAACAAAAGAGGCCAUUUCACUAAAUGAAUAGAUCUUGGAACUUAAAGUAAUUGAUUAUCUAUAUUUAAAAGAAUGUCAUAACUAAAUUGAAUGAUCAAUUGGCGUAAUAAAGUAAAGUUAAAGUAGGCUUAGAAUCUAGAAUUUAAAGUUUGAUUAAGGUGGUUGAAGAAUUUUAAUAAAAAUAAAUCUAGAAGUAACAGGAUAGUUUGACGAAGGAACAAUUUCAAAAUUAAAUGGAGCAAAUCAAAAAAAACUUUUAUAUUUAAAUUUAAUAAUUAACAAGGGAAAAUGAAGAACUCAAAAAAUUGUUGUAAACUUAAGCAAAUCAAACAUUUAAUUCUACUGAGGAAGUGUCUUCACUACAAGAUACAGUUGCAGAUUUGAAUAGAGAGAAGGUGAACUUAAUCAGAGAGUUGAAUUAAGAACAUGAGGCAAAAAUUAAAUCUGAAGCUGAAAGAGAGAAAUUGAAAUAAUAAAUUGAAUAAUAUCAACUUGAAAUUGAAAACUGCCAAAAUCAAUUAGAUCUCUAUGUUAAAGUAUUAAAACAAAUGGAUGAAAAACUAAAAUCGUAGUGA